GCUAUCCUUAAGCAGAGUCAUGCAGGGGCUCAUUUCUGGGGUACCAGAGCUCGGCCGUACGCUGCUGAGCAGCCUGCGCAAUUCAACGCCAUGCCUUCGGCAUAACCGUUACGCGCCUCACCGAGGAAGAUGGCAAACGGUCUCUCGUGCGCGACGACUCACAACUGGGGUCCACGAGAUGAAGGGAGACCUUCCGCAGCCAGAACGCAGACUGUCGCGGCAGUAUCGAAUAGUCCGCACUCUUGAUCCAACCAAGCUUACUCCGAGCGACUACGUCGACUUCAGCGAGAAGUUCAUUCCACGCGUCAAUAUUGUCACUCAGUCUUCCCAUCCCGAAGACGCCACAAACCUGUUGCCUCAAAGGCUCAGCGCCGGCGUCAUUGCGACGGGAUUUCGAGACCGCAGGUUCCCUCCCAACACUGCCGGAUUCCUCUACUAUCACACCCCUCCGUACAGCCCCCCGCUCGCAGGAGAAGUUCGCUUUCGCGUCACACCUUCCCCGGAUCCUGCCAGCUUCACCCAGGGGUACGACUUGCUCAUGGACUACGGGGUGCGCUGGAAUAUACCACUCCUCUACAUGACCGACAAGAAGGGUUACACGGGCCUGCAUACACUCCUACUCCAGGAUGGACUGGUGACCCCGCAGCUUUCGGACAUCGCCGCAUCUGCGGUGGAAGGACUGAACAAAACGGCACACGGACGUAAGAUAUCCUUCCGUAGGACGGCCUUGGUGAGCUCGUUCGGGCGAGGGUUCUACAUUCGGGUCGGACACCACAACGGAUAUUGCAUGUCCAUCGGCACGGACACCGUCGUAAAGAAGCGUGUCGAAUGUGUCGCUGAGUUCCGUGUUCCUGUGGACGGUAGCGGAGGGGGUGCGCAGUAUUCCCCUUAUGAAGGCUCUACGAUCUGUUGCUUUGAGCCUUCGACGCUUCCUGAACACGCUGGGAAACGCGUCGUGGUACUCCGGAUACUGCGUCUCCUCGACAGCGACCCCAUUCGACCAAUGCCGCCUCCUAACAAACACGAGUACCCCUUGUCGAAGCUGAGACCCCGCGAAGGGCAGCUGUUGAUGACAAUGCGAUGGGGAAAAGUGCAACCGUGGUCGGUGGAUGUGGAUAAGGACACAACACGGCCUGAUACUCAUGUGGAGAUGGGCAGGAUGCUAAGGAUCCUGUACGAGAAUCAGGAACUGUACGGUUCGCCACCGGAACCCUUUAUUUGACAAAUGCAACACCUUGAUGUAAAACCC